ACACACUUGACAGUUUUGUUUACCGCCAAUUUUACUGUUUUAGUUGUUGUUGUGUUAGAAAAAUAUUAAUUUAUUUUAUGUGAUGACGGAAAGAAACCGACACCGAUAAUUGUAUUAAGUAAUGUCCACUGUGCUUAAGCCCAUUAUCGGAGAUUGGGAACAAGUUACACCAAGUAAUAGAAUAAAUAAAAAUUUAGCUCCUAUAAGGCAUAAAACUGGGCAUGCAAUAAGAUGUAAAGAAAAUAGUUAUAAACAUAAAUGCAAUAAAGCACUUAAAAAUAAGUUAAAAAAAUAUAAACUCAGAAGAGAUGGCAAAGAAGAUCCAGAUGUUAUAAAUGUGUCUCACAUAUUUCAGACUGCUUUAAAAAUAAAAUCUCCAAGUAUCAAUAAUAAUGAAGAACUAAAUAUUGAUGAUAUAGAGAGACCAAAGAAUUAUCUGUUCAAAAUGGUGAGAAGAAAGAAAGAAGUUGAAAAUGUCAAGUCCAUUAAAACAUUGUUUAAGGAGGUUCCGGAAAAAAAUGAACUUAUACACAUUCCAGAUGUAUGUACAGAGAUUACUGAAAAAGAAAAACAGUUUCCUAACAGUCAAGAUAAAAAGCAUACAAAUGCGUUCAAACUCAUGAUGGAAUCUAGAAAUAAAAGUAUUGGAGGCAAUUCUCCUGGUAAAGAAAAACCGAUUGAUGAAGCUGAACUACAAUUAAAAACAGAAGAGAAAAACACUAAAGCUAAGAGGCUUUUAAUUUUACAAAAAAUGGCAGAACAAAAAGGAUCUCUAAAGAAAAAGGAAACAGAGGAACUUCUGGAAGAAGCUAUCAAAAGAAAAAUGGAUAAAAGAGCAGAGAGAUUGACUAAUAUGAUAGUUAAUAAUGGCAGCAAGAAAGUGAAACCCAAAAAAGAACAUUCAAAAUUAGCAACUAAGAUAGCAGACACUAAGUUGCCUACAAUUGAUAAUGUAAAAGCACUUCCUGAAACAUUACCCAUAAACAAGAAAAGCAAUGGUGCACUCCAUUUAAUUAAUAUAUUCGAUGAACCAACCAGCGACUCAAAUAUUACAAACGGCUUAAGAGAAAAAUGUGUACCCAAAGAAGAUUUAGAAUUUCUCAAAAAGCUAUCUCCUUCAAUUAGAAAGAAAGAAAAUAUGCUUUGUUAUUUUAAAAAGAUUGAUAAAGAUAGUGAUUCUUCACCACCUGUUACCACUGAUAACAAUGAAAUGAGUCCUAUAAUAAAAGUUAAGUUUGGAGCUAGAAACAAGAAGAAACUAAAAAAGAAGAAAUUAAGUUUAAAUGAUAAAAAAUCUCUCGUCUUAGAAGAUAAGAAUACAUGUGAAGAAAUUGCAGAUGUAGGCUCAUCUUAUACACCCACUAAAAAUAAUAAUGAGUCCAUUGUAACUGAUAUACCUGCUGACAAUAAAAACGAGUCUGUUGUAACCAAUACUCCUACAGUACCUAAAAAUGAGACGAGAAAACGAAAACGCGAGCAACUCUCUAAAGAAGAAAACACUCAGAUUGUUAAAAACACUGAAUGUAUGAAUGAAUCUUUAGAAGCAAAUGAAACUAGAAAUGAAAGGCCAAAGCGAAAUGUUAAAAAGCCUAUUCAAUAUAAAGACGAUUUUCUCCUGUCUAGCUCAGACGAAGAGUAUAAUAUAUUUACUCCAAAAAAGAAAAAGCAUAGUGAUAAGAAAAGUGAUACACCAAAAUCGGUCAAAGAGCCUAAAUCGAAAACAAGUGAUGGAGCAAUACAAACCAAGCCAAACAAAGAUACUAAGAAAUCUGCGAAAAAUAAUGAUGCUAAUAAAAAUACCAAUGUUAAGUUGGCUCCCAUAUUUGCACCUAAACCACAGUUAGACCCAGCAGCAUUAGAAGCAAAACAGAGAUUUCUUCAGAGUGGGGUGCCAGAAAAAUUAAAGAAAAUUGCAAAACAACUCAAACAAGUAGAGACAGAAAGUAAUUGUUUUCCCACAGUUGUCCAUGUACAGCAAAUGGAAGACUCUAAGAAUGAUAUAUCUAGCAGCCCAAUGAUUGAUUCAUUUAGAUGCGAGUCACCUGAUGUGAGCCCAGUGAAAUGCAGUGAUAAAUUAUUCAAGGCUAUAUUAAGCCCUGAAAAGCCUCAAAAAAGUUCACAUUGUGCUCAACCAGAUAACAACAUCAGGAAAGUUUUGCAAAAUAUUAAAUUAUCAUAUCCAAAAUUUCCAGUUUACCGUACAUAUCAACUAUUGAAAGAAAAAAGUAAAGGAGACUUUGGAGACUGCAAUAACUUUCCUGAAUUUGACAACAGUGUAGAAAUAAUGAAUAAUACAGUAGAUAUUAAUAAAGUACAAAUGGAUAAAUUGAAUUGGACAGACAAAUAUAAGCCUAUGGUUACCAGUCAAAUAAUUGGAAACUUUGAAACCACAAAGGAACUAAAAAAAUGGUUAGAAUCUUGGUCUGCAAAUGACGAUAAACGAAGAAUGAAUGCUGCUGACUCUGACUCAUCUGAUUUCUACCAUUCGGAUACAGACAGCAGAGACAGUGUAAAGACCAUUGACAAUCUUCUUAUUUUGACUGGCCCUACUGGUUGUGGGAAAACCUCCUGUGUAUAUGCGGUAGCUGCAGAUCUAGCCAUCAAAGUCAUUGAAGUUAAUGCCAGUAGUAAGAGAAACGGCAAAAUCAUGUUACAAGAUUUACAAGAGGCUACCCAGUCCCACAAAGUCAAUAGAGCAAAAGGUACUAGCUCCGAAAAUUCUCAAAAGUCCCAGGAGAUAGCUGAAGUUGAUUUAACUAUAAAAACGAAGAAACGAGGAAGGCCUAAAAAAGUUAAAGAUACUGUAACAACUAAACAAAAAAGUGAUACAGGCAGUCAAUCAACUAAUAGCCAAGAAGGUACUAGAACUGCAAUGUCACUUAUUUUGAUUGAUGAUGCCGAUAUUGUGUUUGAUCAAGAUGACGGCUUUUGCUCUGCUAUUAGUCAAUUAGUCCAAUAUUCCAAACGACCAGUAAUAUUGGUUACAAGUUCCUUAGUUUGUCCACAUCUACAAAGGUUUUUGCAGAGCGCGAAAAUUAUGACUAUGAAGCCACUUUUACCCAGAAUGCUUGGCACAUGGCUAGACAUAAUGUGCUUAGCUGAUAGUGGCACAUGUUGGCCAGGCCUAGGCUCAGUCUUAUUAGACUUAUACAAAGGGGAUAUUAGGAAAACCAUAAAUUGCCUUCAAUUCUAUGCAACUACCCACACACAAGGGACUAGGCAAAUGGAAGAAAAUUCACAAAAUAUAGAGGCUUUAUGUGAUGAAUCGUCAAGUCUAUCGUGGGCUGGAUCGGAAAACCAAGAUGAACGCAACUUAGCAUGUGAAAGUAUUCAGUUGGGUGACACGUUGUGGAAAUAUUUUAUGGAAAGACAAUCACAAUUGCUACAUAUCAGGUUUCCUUCCGACUUGUGGCAUGUAUGGUGGAAUAUACCAAGCUUUUUAAUGACUUCUCAAAAUAGGACACAGGAAAAUAAUAAACAUAAGCAAACCCGUGAACUAGAAGAAGUAGCAAAUAUUUUUGACAACAUAUCUGCAGCAGAUUAUUUUGGACGGCUAAGACCAGAUACAAAGACGAAUAUUUGUUCACAACCAUGGUACUCUUCCGAAUGCGAUAGUUCUUCAGAAUUUGAAAACUUUAACUAUUACAACAAAAGCUAUGAUGUUGCUGACGACAUAUCGAAAACGUUUGUAGUCAGAUCGAUUUGCAACACACAGAAGUGCUUACAGUACAAUGAAGAGUUGUAUGUGAGACCAACUAGUAUGGCGGUGCAAAGGGAUAGAGAUAGAAUUGUCAAACGGCAUGACAGCAUAUCAACUCACCUAAGCCCAGGCGCAACACUGGACAGGAGAGCCCUCGCGUUAGACUACUGGUCGUCCUGCCGGGCGAUAUGCAGGUUUGAAAAGGAGAAAACCGACACUAACUCUAAAAGAAACAAUCGGUUUUGUCACUACCUCAGAUCUCUUAAAAUAAUGUGCAAGAAUGACGUGUUCGAUAAACUCGGCGAAAGUUUACAUAUCAGAGGGGACGAUUCCAUCUAGAAUAAUAGGUACGUUAACUAUAAAGCGUAUUUUGAGAUGGAUGUGCAGUCACGCUCCGCGAUUGUUAUGCUAGGGUUCUACCUAGAUUAGACGGUCUAUAGCGUAAGUAGUGAACAACCAAUUUAACUAAGAGUUAAGACCCAAAAGGCUGAACAAUCGCGUGAUGUUACAUGUAGAGAUUUUCGAACUGAAAAUGAAAUAAAUUUGUGGUAAAGAGCGUAUUUUGGAUUGUAAAAUAUAAUUUACCUCAUACGAGUAACUAGUGCGCUGCUGUAGGACGCUAAACGUACCUAUAGCUAACAUAGUCACUUACCGAAGUGGUCUUUCCUCAGCCUCAUGUGUAGGUACGGGUAGUGUAUUAUAUUAUUACAGUUAUUUGUUUAUUAUAAUUAGCUCGUUAUAGUUUAUGUUUUUGUACUUAUGGAUAAAUUGAUGAGAAAACAUUGAUUUAUUUCAGGAUUUUUAUGAAUAUGUAUUAUGUUUACCUAGUUCAUUUUACUUAGUGUAAUUUUUUUUAAUUAUUACUUUUCUAAAUAAAACUUGUGACUUCUUAACGAUCAAAUUUAUGUGCUUGCUACUUAACUACUGUAGUAUUCUUGCAUUUCGAUUUUAUUACCUCUUUCUACAUUCAUCAUCGUCAUUUCAAUUUUAUAUCGGUAAUAAAUAAACCUUAUUUAUCAUAUAACAAGCCGAAGAUAUCGCGCGAUGUUAUACAUUUUAUUUGACAUGGUGGGACAUCGUUUGCGGUGAGCCUAACAGAGCUCUAUUGUCAAAACCAUUUUUUAGUUAGCGCAAAUUCACUUUGGUUGGCGCGUUGGCGGCUUGGGAUGUCUAGAUUUUAGGACUGAUUGAGAAGCUAAGUGCAGAAAUUGCGUGUUUACGUCCACGGCCUUAAGACCAUUUUCGAUCGUUCGUUAGUAGGUAAUAAAAAUUUGAACCUCAGAAAAGGUUUCUUCAAUCGGUUCAUUUACAAAUAUUUCGAAGACCUUAUUAAAAUUGACCACAAACCAAAUAAGCUAAAAUAUUAGGCACCAAUUUGUUUUAAUUAAGAAAGUUUUUGUAAGCGUAGAGCUCAAUUAAAUAAUGUUAUCAGUUAUGUCAAAGUGCGGCAAGAUGUUGAUGUUGGCACUAAGCUAUUCUUGGUGAUAAAUUAAUAAUAUAUUUAAGCAACUAAAUGGAUUGUCUGAUUUGUACUGACGAUUUAU